AUGAGGACGGAAGAGGGGUGGGGGUUAAGAUGGGGGUAGCCUACUCGUCAAUUUUCUUUUCACAGAAGCUAACUGUCCGGCAUGAUGGAUUCCUGGGCUUCCAAAACGGCUGGGGUGAAAGGGAUCUCGAAAAACUAACUGCAGCCGCAUGCCCCGUGCCAGAACUGGCUACUUUCUUGAAUACUUUUAACGCUAAUUCAGCCUUGAGGUGACAUCAAUUCUCCGCCACCGGAGAAUGAAAGCUUGGGACUACAUUUCCCUGCAAGCCCUUUAGAAAAGGAGGCCGAGAGCAAAGAGACUUUCCGUUUCCGUCCGCUUGCAAUUUGGCGUGUUCGCGGUGAUACAUAUUUUAACAGUAGCGUCCUUUCUCUGUACAACUAAAGCAGAGACUAUAUACCCCACCAGGUACUGGCACCGAGGGGCAAGCGACUAGGUUGCCAUCUCCGCAGUAGUCCUUUCCUACACCUCCGCCGAGAAUAGUAUUAGCGGUUGGACUACAAAUCCCAUAGCAUCGUCUGCUCCUUCACCCUCCAUCUUUGUGGUAGUCCCCGCCCCGCUCACUUCCAUUGUCUCGACAGAAGAUAAAAGAGGGGAACGGGGAAGACUACAAUUCCCGGCUGGCUUUGCAUCAUCCAGUGCGGGAUUUUGAUAGUUCAGGCGGGCGAGGAGCUCCAAGUGGUAGAAUGAAGCGACCAGGAAAGGUUAGGUAUCCUGCCAUCUUUACGGUAGUCUCUUUAUCCUCCCGGUUCUGGCAUUCUUAAAGGAACAUGGGAAGGCUAGAAAACUACUAUUCCCAUCCCACUUCAUAAAAUCGACUUAUUAGGUGUACGCCCCUAGAUCGCCAUCUUGCUUGUAGUCCUCGUUUCUUUUCACCUUUCCAUUGUUCCUGAUGAGUAGAAAUGGCAGCGGGAAGGCAGCAGAUGGACUGCGACUCCCGUCAGGUACCACACGCGCGGAGGGUUGUGGACCAGAGGGCGUGUGAGUGCCUGGAAAGGAGGUCGGGUCGGGGUAAAAGGCCAUCUUGCUUGUAGUCAUCCUUCCCGCUCCUUCUCUAUGUCCUGCUACGGGGAGUCUCGGGUCAACUGGACUAUAAUUCCCGCCAUGCUCGGCUCCCAGCGUGGCAUCCCUCUCGCCAUCUUACUUGUAGUACCGGCUGGCACUAGUGUCUCACUUUUCCCACGAUAGCGCUAGAAUUUGGAGAACUACACCUCCCGUCGUGCUUUGCACGCGUUCGUCCUGGAAAGUAAAGGUGGUGAAGGAAGGAGGGAGAAGGGGGCGGGGUUCCUCUGGGAGAAGGAGGGAGUAAAAAGGAGGAGGAGGUGGGAAGAAGGGAGGGGAGAGGGAGGAGAGGAGGAAGGAGGAAGGAGCUGAGGAGGGAUGAGAGCGGCGACCAGGGCCCGGGGCCGAAGCAGCGCGAGGCUAGGGGAGUAGGGGUGUUAAGACAUCCCAACUACCCCCACCCCUUUCCUGCCUCUGCCCCAUCCUUUCCUUAUACCCUCCCAUUUUAGGAGUGGAUUUAUUCAAAUUUUAUUUAAAUCCUUAUAUCUUGAGGGUCGCGCGUUUGAAGGGGGGAGGGCGGGGGCGCGUGCAGGCUGGGGGGGCGGGGCCGGAGCAGCUUCCUUCACCCCCCUCUGCGCGCCCUGUCUCUGUAGGUCAGGGGGCCGCAGUACAGGGGCGGACCCAGGGGAGGGGGGCAGGUUGCAGCGACCCCCCCCUCCCCGGGAACCGGCGGUGGGCGGGGUUUGAACCCCGGAAACGGUGGGGGGGCCCCUGGUCUUUUCCCUGGACCCCUGGGCAGUUGGAGCUGGGAAGGGGCCAGUUAAGGGUCGGGGGCUUUUGGGAAAGGUGGGGGUGGGGAGCUGAGACUCAUACCCGGGACUGAGUGGAGCCCGGGCAAAAGCUGAGCACCCUGCGCCCGAGGAGCCCCCGUUGGCCUGGGGGGGCUGAGGGACUGAGCCCCCCAGAGCAGGACCUCCCCCUGGAAGGGCCGCGCCGCAGCCCGUGGGAGGGCCUCGCCCCCGGCGCUCCCCAUCUCCACUUGCUGCUGUCCCGGCCUCCGCCGGAGGGAGGGGCCGAGCGCCCUCGGGGGGCCGUGGACCCCGGCGUUCUGAGCGUUCCGCGCCCCGCGCCGCCCUGUCCCCCCGCCGCCGAUGGCCGCCGACCCGCCGGGAGCUGCCGAGAAGGGAGAGAUGGCUCCCGGGACACGUGUGAGCCCUCGGCGUUGCUGACGCCCCCAAUGUCGUCGAGCAGCCGGGGACCGGGGGCCGGAGCGCGCCGACGCCGAACCCGCUGCCGUCGUUGCCGGGCCUGUGUUCGAACUGAGUGCGGGGACUGCCAUUUCUGCCGAGACAUGAAGAAGUUCGGGGGGCCCGGGCGCAUGAAGCAGUCGUGCCUGCUUCGGCAGUGCACCGCGCCCGUGCUCCCACACACAGCUGUAUGUCUUCUCUGUGGGGAGGCUGGAAAAGAGGACACAGUGGAGGGAGAAGAAGAGAAGUUUAGUUUGAGCCUCAUGGAGUGUACAAUCUGCAACGAGAUCGUCCACCCUGGCUGCCUGAAGAUGGGGAAGGCUGAAGGUGUUAUCAAUUCAGAGAUACCCAACUGCUGGGAGUGCCCCCGAUGUACCCAGGAAGGACGGACAAGCAAGGAUGCAGGUGAGGGUCCAGGGCGCCGCAGGGCUGACAAUGGUGAGGAAGGCGCUAACCUAGGGGGUGGAUGGAAGCUGACAGAGGAGCCGCCACCUCCACCACCCCUGCACAGAAGAAAGGGACCCUUACCUGCUGGCCCUACCCCUGACGAUGUGCCUGGGCCCCCCAAACGGAAGGACAGGGAGGGGGGGAAUGAGCCCCCCACCCCAAGGAAAAAGGUGAAAGGAGGCCGAGAGAGGCACUUGAAGAAGAAACCAAAGCCACCUAUUGCUUCUGCUGAGGGCCCCGCAGUGCCAUCCCCAUCACCACAGAGGGAGAAACUGGAGCGUUUCAAGCGAAUGUGCCAGCUGCUGGAGCGGGUGCCUGAUACCUCUUCAUCGUCCUCGGAUUCAGACUCGGACUCGGACUCAUCCGGCACAUCCCUUAGUGAGGACGAAGCUCCUGGGGAGGCCCGGAAUGGGCGGCGGCCAGCGCGGGGCAGCUCUGGCGAGAAGGAGAACCGUGGGGGACGGCGGGCUAUACGCCCUGGCAGUGGGGGACCACUGCUCAGCUGGCCCCUGGGCCCUGCUCCACCACCACGGCCUCCACAGUUGGAGCGGCAUGUAGUACGGCCCCCGCCUCGAAGCCCUGAACCUGAUACUCUGCCUUUGGCUGCUGGAUCCGACCACCCUCUGCCUCGGGCUGCCUGGCUUCGUGUCUUCCAGCACCUUGGACCCCGUGAGCUGUGUGUCUGCAUGAGAGUCUGCCGGACUUGGAGCCGCUGGUGCUACGACAAGCGUCUGUGGCCUAGGAUGGACCUAAGCCGGAGGAAGUCGCUGACCCCACCCAUGCUUAGUGGGGUGGUUCGCCGCCAGCCCCGCGCUCUGGACCUCAGCUGGACAGGUGUCUCCAAAAAGCAGCUCAUGUGGCUCCUGAACCGACUGCAAGGCCUGCAGGAGUUGGUGCUUUCUGGGUGCUCCUGGCUCUCCGUCUCUGCCCUGGGCUCGGCCCCACUGCCGGCACUGCGGCUCUUGGACCUCCGCUGGAUUGAAGAUGUUAAAGACUCCCAGCUUCGGGAGCUGCUGCUGCCCCCACCAGACACCAAACCAGGGCAAACAGAGAGUCGAGGUCGACUGCAGGGGGUGGCAGAACUUCGCCUAGCAGGCCUGGAGCUCACUGAUGCCUCCCUGAGGCUCCUAUUGCGCCACGCUCCACAGCUCAGUGCCCUGGACCUGAGUCACUGCGCCCACGUUGGGGACCCCAGUGUCCACCUCCUCACAGCUCCUACUUCCCCUCUCCGAGAAACACUGGUGCACCUCAAUCUUGCUGGGUGCCACCGCCUCACGGACCACUGCCUUCCACUGUUCCGUCGAUGCCCACGUCUUCGCCGCCUGGACCUACGCUCCUGCCGCCAGCUCUCACCUGAAGCUUGUGCCCGGCUGGCGGCUGCUGGGCCCCCUGGCCCCUUUCGCUGCCCAGAAGAGAAACUGCUUCUCAAGGACAGCUAGUUGGGCGCCUAUGCCUCCUUCCCCCAGGACUCAACAAGAGAACGUGGACCUCUUGCCUUCGUUUCACCCCGUUGGGAGGCCAGGUUAUUUCUUCAUGACUUGGCACUCCUCAGUUUAAUGACUUGGGAUUCCUGCCCAGGGACUUGAGCCAGCCUUCCCUCUCUCCCACCUGCACUGUUAUCUCUGGGGGUCUUUGCUUCCCACCUCUCCCUUUCACCUGCUUCAUUAUCCAUCCCCUCGGGGGAGUGGGUCAAGAGGUACUGGGGAGGUGCUGAGCCAAAGGGAUGGUGGGAAGGGCUGUGAAGGUGCAAGUCUUGAGUAGGGAAAAAUGAGGUGACAUGGUAUCUUGUACACAGGAUACUGGGGGCUGGGGGAGGCGAUGGAUGGGUGUGGGGAGGGCAGAAAUUAGACCAACAAGGGUUCAGGGAACAAAGACCAGUUGGGUGGGAUGGGGGGCCAAAAAGGGAAACCAGAGGAGCAAUUGGGGAUCCGGGUGUCAAGAUAGGGGGCGCUACAAGCCAGGAAAUGCCAGAACUGGGGCUGGGAGAGGAGCAGAUGUGGGGAUAGUACCCUCUGUGUAGGGUUACCUCUCUCCCCUUCCCUCGACCCAGAUUUCAGUUUUCCCCGACCUUGACUCCUUGAACGUCACUGAAAAUGGCAGCUAUUGCAAGGAGUAGGGGCCACGGGUCUACCUGCUGUUAAGCUCGGUGGCCGGGGGGAGUGGUGAGGGGUAGCCCAGACCCCUGCCUGGCUCUCUACACAAUACUUGAACAUUCAUCUGUACUGAAGUGUUACUUGAACCGGGGCAAUCUCGGACUUGGGGGAGUGUGAUGUGAGGGGACCAGCUUGACUGAGACUGGGCUAGUGGGUACCCAGUUUGGACUGUCCCACCCUUAGCUCUCUUUACUGUCUUGAACAGCUCCAGCCUUCCGACUUGAGUUGGGGUGGGGGGAAUGUCAGCUUAAAGAUGGGCAAGAUGGGACUCCUCCAGUUUGGCUCUUCCCAUUCUUUCAUCGUCAUGGAAACUUGUGUCCCAUUUGCCCAGGGAACUGCCACUCCUGGUUGCCAUGGAAAUAGCAGCCAAUGGACACCUCCGGAAAUCAGUGCUAAGACUGGAAACGGUCCUUCUUAGUUGCUGUGGGAACUUAGUAACAGACUCUUGGCACCUCCUCUCUCCCCACCCCUUUCCUUCUUCCAGUGUGGGGGUGGGGGUCUCAAGAGCCUGAGGGAGGAGUCGGGUCUAGGUCCCACUCAACUUAGGCCAGGGGGAACUGGAUUGUACCACAUGGGGGAGGGGGGAGGGGAAUCUAUCCACAUACCUCAGGUAACAGGAAGGUGCGCGGGUUGGGGGCGGGGCUGGGCGGACCAAAGGCAGGAGGGGGGGCCUGGGGUUGGAGAAAGGUGGGGCCGCUUGCGGGAGGGGAAGAGGCACCCCGGCAAGGGGCAAGUGGGGGGGCCCAGCCGGGCUGGACCCCUAACCCUACAAGUCUGUACAAUAAGGUUUGCUAUAAAACUCAGAAUCCA